AUGUUUCAUUUAUCUGAUUGGUCGUCUAACAAAUUUUUUUCUAUAUAAAACAGGCUAAACAACGUUCAAACUUGAAUUUUACCUAAGUUGGAGCCAGAAGUUUGACAAAAAAAUCAACCAAUCAUGCUGUCGAUUGAAAAGACGUUACACAUACGCUGUAUUCAUUAGAUAUUGCGCUUGGUGAUGAUAAACAAAAACAUAAUGAGUGUGUUUGGAAACGUCCUGUAUUUAUAGAGCGUUCUCCAUAUUUGAUUGCAAUGUUUUUGUUACGCGAAAGUUUGAAUGUCAAACUAUUGAAAAAGUUUAAUAUAAUGUUGCACGUAUGAUUGCUUGGAAAUAGCGAAAUGUGCUGAUUAAUUUGAUGUCUACCGAUUAACCGAUAUUGCUCGUUCACUUUAUUACAUUAUAUUAUUGUUCAUUAUUCAUAAUUCCAAUAGCAGAAUGUGUGUAAAAGUGGACAACUGUUGAAUAUAACGUACUAUUGUCUUUUGGGAAGAACUUUGGCGAAACACUACGUGCAAUUACUAGAAACCUUCAAAGACUUUGAACGAUAACAGCGACGAGAAAAUGUUGUCGACUCCAAAAGCAAAAGGCGGCCUAUUUUUGGCUUCAUCCCUCUGCGAUGGGCUUGAAGACUAUAAUAUAAGGCAAGUUGCAACUCUUUUGUUAAAUAAAGAUGCGGAUCCCAAUUUCUUAAUUCCAACACAUGGAGUUACUCCAUUUCAUUUGGUUAUUGGAAAUGAUUCAGAAGAAUUUGCGGAAGAAGUCACCAAGUUAUUCUUACGUCAUGGUGGUAAUCCUAAUGUGAGAUCAAAUGAUGGAAUGACUCCAGUUCACGUGGCAGCAGCUUGGGGAAGAAUAAAUAUAUUACAGUUACUCUUAGCGAAUGGUGGUGAUCCUUUAUGUACGGACAAUGAUGGACGUAGCCCAUUUCAUUAUGCCUUUGAAGGAAAGUACUUCAAAGCUGUGACAAUGCUUUCAAAUUACUGUGAAAACAUUCAGGAUGAGGAUGACAAGCCAAAAUAUAACUUGGUGCUUGAUAAAGUUUUAAUUACUAAUGGAGACAAAGUUGCUGAAUAUGUUGCCUCAAAAGAUAUAUUAUCAGAUUUAGAUACAGAUAAGACAACAAAGAAGAGUGCAUUUACUGAUUUUGAGCCAAACUCUUCAUCAAUGAUUGUAGACUUGAGUCGUUUGCCAAAUGUACGUAAUGUUAUUGAAACUAAGUCCAAAUUAGCAACCAAUUUAGAUAAAUGUCUUUCAAGAUCCAACGAUAAAAUGAUUGCCCAACAACAAAAUGAUCUAUCACAGAUUGAUAAGAAAGAAAUGACAAAUUACUCAUUUAUAGAUCUUGAUUUUGACUUUGCAAAUUUGCAUCUUACUGAUGUCAUGCAAAAAGAGAAAUGUCUUGUCAGUCGAAUAAUUAGUCAUCUUUCGUCGUCACUAGCGAGUGAUUGUACUAUUAAUGACACUUUGCACAAUUACAAAAGAAAUAAGCAAGAAGAAAGCAGCAUCGCAACAAGCAAUUCCGAUGCAUUUCAACUAAAAAAGAACACAGAUACAGUUUAUAAACACGAAUAUUACAGAAAUCCAAAGAGUUCUUCAUCUAGACUGAAGAAUAAUUUUAAUAAAGAUAUCUUGAGACUUGGCACUUCUAAAGUGAAGAAACAAUGCUCAAAGUACAACGCACAAAGCACUUCUAAGAAAAAAUAUAAGAAGAUUGCUGAAAAAAUUCCUUCACCAUCAACUAAUAUCUUCAAUAAUAAUUCUAUUGUUAGUAUGUCGCCAAAUUUUAAUACACCUAAUCACAGAAAGAGAAGAAAUAUUGCUAAGACUCCGUUAACACUAUUGCAUAUCCACAAUGAUUCUAUUGUCAGUAAGUCCCCUAAUUUGGCAAUAUCAUUUUGCACAAGCAGAAAAAUUAAUUCAGCAAAAACGUCGCACAUCGAUAGCAGUUUGUCGCCAAAAGUAUUCAAGAAAUCGCAAAAAUGUAAUGCUCAAACACAAUCUGAAUUUAGUCGGUACAAAAAGUAUAUUGCUCAAUCAACACCAAGGAGAAAGAAAAGAUCGAUAUAUAAGUUUCGUUCUAGCAAGAAAAGAUUUGAUCCUUAUCGAUAUGAAAGUGAUGCCACUUCUGAUGAAUCACCUAUCAAUAAUAUAUUAAAGCCAUCUGAUUUAGAUAAAACAAUUUUUUUAAAAGCAAGUAAGACAACUUACUAUGAUAUUCUGGACAUGAGUAGUGAAUGUUCAUCAUUUUCUAAGAAAUCCUCAAAAAUAAGACGCCAAAAUUAUAGCAACCAUUUGGCAAUAAAGUUGGAUGAUGGAAGAUACGAUGAGGAUGAUAUAACAUGCGACAACAGUAACGUAAAUCUUUUAAACAGCAGUUUUAAUCAAACGGAGAAAGAGAACGAAUCUAUUAAUAAUUCUAGCAGCAAUAAGAAUAUACAAUCUGUAGAGAUAAUAAAAUAGAUGAUAAAACUUGUAAGAAUUAGAAAAAAAUAUAUUUUAAAAACUGAUAAGAUGCCGAAAACAAUGGACAUUUCCAUCGAUAAUGUAAAAUCUGCAUGUACAAUUGAAACUGAUUCAUUGCAUAAAAAAUACUUUGUGGAUUGCGUCGACUGUGAUACUAAAAAGUUAUUAAACGAAGAUAUAAAUAUGAAUAUAAGUAAGACUUGUAAUAUACAUACAAACAAUUGGUAUAAUGAUAGAUUUCACGAACUUUCAUAUAAAUUAAUUGUAGAAAAUAAUGCAUUGACGACUGCAAAUUUGCCGAUAAAAUGCAAAAAACAUGUUUGUUUAUCAGAGGAAUCAUGUUCUUCAAAGAUAAAUAGGAACAAUACUGAUUCAAAAAAGGCAGAGGAUAUGUCGAACGCAAUAAAUUUAGAUGUGUGCAAAAUGGAAAAGAACUCGUCUCUGCUUUCAUACGUGAGUACUCUGGAGGAAUACAAAUAUGAAGAUCCAGAAGAAGGUGUAACUUUAUUAGAACGACGACUUUGCGUUAUAUCAUCUAAUGGAAGUGAUUGCAGCAGCAAAAGCAAAAUAUUCUUGUCAUGCACUUCGAGCACAUUUGAUUUUCAAACUUUGCCGAUGGAGCUGUUAUAUAUCGAUGAUGCAGCUCUUCGAAGUAAGCUGAGACAACUUGGUGAUGAGCCCGGUCCAAUCACCAAUACGACUAGGCAAGUUUACUUAAAACGUCUUAUGCGUUUGACAAACAUUAGAGAUGUUACUGUUCCAUCGAUGCCGCAAAACAUGCAAAGAAAUCAGGUUCAAGUAGGCCCAAGCAACGAAAUCGAGACUCGUCUACAGUUUGGAAACUGGUUAAAUGAACUGGAUAUCUACAAAAGUCUGGAGAGAGACGUAUUCCAAGAAUUUUCAUCGCCAGAUCCAUCUCGGCGAUGGCGCGAGGGCAUGGCAAAAGCUUCUUUCACUUACUUGCUGUUGGAUCCGCGUAUAACACAAAAUUUACCAAAUCGUUCUACUAAUCUUACGGAAUCUGAGAUAUGGUCGAUCUUUCUUAAUGCUAUAUUUUACAUUGGCAAGGGUAAACGUUCCAGACCUUUUAAUCAUCUCUAUGACGCUUUUCAUACAUGGACAGGCACCAGACCUAACACAAGUAGAAAAGUUAGCCACAUUCUCGAUAUAUGGAACGACAAUUGCGGUGUAAUUUGUUUGCACAUUUUCCAAAAUGUUAUUCCGGUGGAAGCUUACACAAGAGAGGCUGCCAUGAUAGAUGCAAUAGGAAAAGAGCGAUUAGGAAACUGUGUAAGCGGCAAGUACUAUGGUAUUGCAGCAACAUGGAGCAUGCAACAAAAACAGAAAUUUGGUAGAUAUUUAUUGUACAAAGCUUUGAAAAUUUUUAUGCAAGAAGGUGAAAGUCAACUUUUCCCUGAAAAUCUAGGUUAAUUGAAUAACAAAAUUAGAUAAAAUAUUAAUUUUUAUAUUGAGCCAAGCUUUAUUCGAUUUAAUUGAUUUUC